AUGGCAGCUACUAGUACUACUCAAACAGAAGAACAUGUGUCGUUGAAGCUUCUGUUGAAUGAAAAGGGUAACAAAGUCUUGCUUGCUGAAGCGGGUAAGGACUUUGUAGACAUUUUAUGUAGCUUCUUAACAAUGCCUUUAGGAACUAUUGCUGGACUUGUUGAACAGGAAUCCAACAUAGGGCCCGUCACUCUUGGUUGUCUUAACUCACUCCAUCAAAGUGUGGCCGAUCUGGAUAAAAGUUGUUUCAGUAAUAACACAGUCAAACAAAUGCUGCUGCAACCAACUAAUUUCGCAGCGGAUUAUUGCAACACUCUUAAACUUAACAUUGAUGGCACUCAGCCCACCAAAUAUAUUUCAUGUUUCCACUGCAGCAAUUAUAGUGAUAUGACAAUAUCAACAUGCAAAGAUAACGAUAUCUGUCGCUGUGGGAGUUCUCGUACCUUUCCACUUUUCCUCAAACGUUCCCCUCAAGGAUUUGUACAAGACUUGCUUAAAUGUUCUUUGCUCUCCAAGUCUACUUUAACAGAUUUGUUUUUAGGGAAAAAACCAACCAUUGGAGAUUCCAGGUUCUCAGCGUAUGACGUUGAAUUAGUUACUGGUUAUUUCCAAAUCACUUUGAAACUAGUUAUCAGAAAAUCGGAUGGCAAGGUUUUGUGCGCUCAAGGGGAACAGAAUUUUGUGAAUUUACUUUUAAGCUUUCUUACUUUUCCUUUGGGAGGAAUGGCACGUACAUUUGGUGAGAAAUGUUCUUUGGGCAGCAUUAACCAGUUGUACAAGAGCAUUUCUGAAUUAAACGAAAACAAAUACUUCACCACUAAAGAAGCUAAGAACAGGCUGAUUGAUCCUUGCAUUUCCCCACAGUUUAAAUUAAACAAUCAAUUUUUACCAAUUUGUCAGCCCGGUGAUGUUGAAUAUUUGUAUGAAUCUACUUAUGUUCAAUGUUCCAAAGUUGGUGAAAAUCCUAGUUAUGCGGGAAAUUUCAAAAAAAUAAAUUUUACUUAUCGCGUGAGUCCUGAAGGUUAUGUGAAGGCUCCAGCUAUGUAUGUUGCAACUGAUGACUUGGUCAUAUCGCCUUUGUCUCCAAUUUCAGCAUUAGGUUUACUUAACCGAUUUAAAACUCCUCUUAAUGAUUUGAAGGAAAAAGUUGUCACUAUUGGUUACAAGGAGUCUCUGAGUAUAUUGAAAGCUGCUUUAACAUCAACAUCCGCCCUUACAAACGGUCUGGCUCACCUAUUAACCGAAGUUAAGGAGGAGAAAUGA